CAAGGUGAAACUUCCAUUACUAGCAAAAAAAAAAAAUUCAAAUCCAUGGGUAGUCUACACAAUCAGAAACCCGAAAUUAAAACCGGCUUCCCCGGUUCAAUCAUCAAGCCCUUGGACCCGGAAGAGUUCCGGCGCCAAGGCCAUCUAGUCAUCGACUUUCUCGCAGACUACUACAACAACGUCGACAAAUACCCGGUCCGCAGCCAGGUGGAGCCUGGCUACCUGAAGAAGCGGUUACCCGAAUCCGCCCCUCACGACGCGGAACCUAUCGAGGAAAUCCUCCGCGACGUCCAGAACGACAUCGUUCCUGGCAUCACCCACUGGCAGAGCCCUAACUACUUCGCCUACUUCCCCUCCAGCGGCAGCAUUGCCGGAUUCCUCGGAGAAAUGCUGAGCACUGGUUUCAACGUCGUUGGAUUCAACUGGAUGUCGUCCCCGGCCGCCACCGAGCUCGAGAGCAUCGUCAUGGACUGGCUCGGCAAGAUGCUCGAGCUUCCGUCGGAGUUUUUGUUCUCCGGCGGCGGCGGCGGGGUUUUGCAGGGCACCACCUGCGAGGCCAUCCUCUGCACGGUGGUCGCCGCCAGAGAUCGGGUUUUGAGGAGGAUCGGGAGAGAGAAUAUCAACAAAUUGGUGGUGUACGGAUCCGAUCAGACGCACUCUGCUUUGCAGAAAGCUGCUCAGAUCGCCGGAAUCAAUCCUGCUAAUUUUCGGGCGGUGGAGACGUCCAGAUCCAGCGAAUUCGGGCUCACGGCGGAGGCGUUUCGGGCUCAGAUCGAAUCCGAUUUGAAAUUGGGGCUGGUGCCUCUGUUUCUGUGCGCGACGAUCGGAACGACGUCGUCUACCGCGGUAGAUCCGCUCGUGCCGCUGUGCGCGGUGGCGAAGGAAUUCAACGUUUGGGUGCACGUCGACGCCGCGUACGCCGGAAGCGCGUGCAUCCUGCCGGAAUAUCGCCAUUACCUCGACGGCGUCGAAAACGCCGAUUCCUUCAGCUUCAACGCGCACAAAUGGUUCCUCACAACGCUCGAUUGCUGCUGCCUGUGGGUGAAGGAUCCGAGCGCGCUCGUGAAAGCUCUCUCGACUUAUCCGGAAUAUCUGAGAAACAGAGCCUCCGAUUCGAAAUCGGUGAUCGAUUACAAGGACUGGCAGAUCACGCUCAGCCGUCGAUUCCGGUCGAUGAAGCUGUGGCUCGUCCUCCGCAGCUACGGCGUCGCGAAUCUGAGGAAAUUCCUGCGGAGUCAUGUGAAGAUGGCGAAGAAUUUCGAAGGAUUGAUCGCGAUGGACAGGCGGUUCGAGGUGGUGGUGCCGAGGAACUUCGCCACCGUGUGUUUCCGGAUUUCGCCGAUUGAGAUCGGCGGAAACCGGCAGGUUGUGUCGAAGGAGGAGGCGGCGAACAAUUUGAAUGCGAAAUUGCUAGAGACGAUAAACGAGUCGGGGAAGAUAUACAUGACCCAUGCGGUGAUCGGAGGAGUUUACGUGAUGCGGUUCGCCGUCGGAGCGAGCUUGACGGAAAAUAGGCAUGUGAUUUUGGCUUGGAAAGUUGUUCAAGAACAUGCAAACGCACUCUUGAAUAGUUCCUCGUGAUUUUUAUUUACUUUUUUUUAUAUAUUUCUAAAAAAUGUACGAAUCUGACGAUAUGAGUUUUAUUCUAAAAUUUAUAAUAUAAUCAAUAUACACUGUGAAUCACACGUAA